AUGGCUACGAGGGGGGAUAAGGGAAAUGGAAAUGGCGAGGAGCAGAUCGUCGAGACGUUGGCGGAGGUGUUCCGAUGCUUCAUCUGUAUGGAGAAGCUGGUGGAUGCGCACCUAUGCCCUCAUUGCUCGAAGCUCUGCUGCUACGCAUGUGUUCGGCGCUGGCUGACGGAACAGCGGUCACAGUGUCCGCACUGCCGUGCUGCUCUGCAUCUGCACGAGUUAGUGAAUUGCCGUUGGGUAGAAGAAGUCACCCAGCAAAUUGAGACCAUGCAGCAAACCAAUUCAGCCAGCCAAAGAGAAAGUUUCAGGGACAGAUGUCCAACCCAUCAAGAAAAGCUUACAGUUUACUGUUGGACAUGCAGACGGUGUAUUUGUCACCAAUGUGCGCUGUGGGGCGGCACACACUCGGGCCAUACAUUCAAGCCACUCGAAGAAGUGUAUGAACAGCAUGUCACGCAGAUCCGCGACGAAGUUUCCCAGCUGAGGCGAAGAUUAAUGGAACUUAUCAGUCUUGUUCAGGAUGUGGAACGGAACGUAGAGUCCGUACGCGCUGCUAAAGAUGAACGCGUGCGUGAAAUUCGCAACGCGGUAGAACUUAUGAUAUCGCGACUUGACUCUGCAUUAAAAGCAAAAUUACUGACGCUGAUGGGCCAGAAGAACAGCCUCACACAAGAGACUGAGCAACUCGAACAUCUGCUGCAGGAGAUUGAGCACCAGCUACAUUCCAGUACAAGGUCUGAAUUGAUUGCUAAAAGUGGUGAGCUGUCGAAGAUGAUUCAUCAAGUUCGUAAGAAACCCAUGGCGAGCUUUGUCACAGCACCGGUGCCGGCCGAUUUCCACAGUGAAAUCGUGCCGAGCUAUGACAGCAGCACGUUCCCGCUGUCGAACUUCACGCAGCUGCAGCACGCGGCGGCGCCGGUGUACUCGGCGCCGCUGCACGUGCACGGCCUGUGCUGGCGCCUCAAAGUCUACCCGGACGGCAACGGCGUCGUCAGAGGCAACUAUCUCUCCGUCUUCCUCGAGCUCAGCGCCGGCCUGCCGGAGACCUCUAAGUACGAGUAUCGCGUGGAGAUGUUGCACCAAGUGUCGCGCGAUCCCUCUAAAAACAUUGUGCGCGAGUUCGCCUCGGACUUUGAGGUGGGCGAGUGCUGGGGCUACAACCGUUUUUUCCGACUCGAUCUGCUCGCCAGCGAGGGCUACCUCAAUCCCGAAACUGACACGCUAAUACUCAGGUUCCAAGUGCGACCACCAACCUUCUAUCAGCGUUGCCGCGACCAACAGUGGUACAUUAAUCAGCUCAUUACGAUGCAGAAUCAGCACAUACUGCAGAUAAACGAUCUCAAAGAACGCUUGACGUUAGAAAUGUCUCGCAACUCAAUAGCAGCGACCCGAGCUCCGAACAGCUCAAUUCCGUCCCAAGGUGGCAAUGACGCCGAUAAUCCGGCGCAGAACAACCCAGUUGAUGGAAACCCUCUCAACGACUCCAUACUGUAUGGCCACCAGUGGAAGUUCAACACACCGCACAGCAUCAUGAGCGGCCAGAGAUUGACUAGUCCAGGAAUUCUGAAUACGGCCCUGUUCCUGGACGACACGCGUAACAACGACGUGUCGUCGCAAUCGGCUUGCGGGUUCGGCGACUACGCGCCGCUCGACCGGCGCCCGCACGCACACGCGCAUGCGCACGCACACGCGCACGCUCAGCACGCACUCGAUACGUAUAACAUCCCCUCUACUUCAAGGUCGGCGAGCUCGCUGGGUACGGGCGCGGGAGCGGGAGCGGGUGCGGGUGCGGGGGCGGGCGCGGGCUCGGACAACAUGGCGCUGGUGAGCCUGCACACGCUGCUGAGCGCGGCGCGCCCACCCGCGCGCCUGCCGCGCCACGACAAGCUGCGCGCGCCCGCCAACGAGCACGCGCUCACGGCUGUAGCCAGCAGCCCGGUGACGGAGGCGAGGGGCGCGAGCAGCAGCGUGGCGCUGUGCGCGUCGCUGUCCUCGCCCGAGCUCAACUCUGCGGGCGCCAAGUGCGGCGCGUGCGGCGAGCCGGCCCGCGACUCGCCGCACAGCCCGCAGCCCGCCGCCCCGCACGUCCCGCACACUCCGCACGCCGCCUCCGAGUCCAGCAGCGACACCGGGGAGCUCAUGUUCACGGAACUAGAGGGCUUCACUGAAGAUAACAAUCCCAGUCACGUUGAUGAAAACUCAAACGAGGAAAAUGAUGUUGAUGAGGAAACAAUGUCAGGUGAGAACGACGUGGAGGGUGCGUGUGGAGUGUCGGCGGAAGCGGGCGCGGACGCGCUCAGUCGGUUGCUGUGCGCUGUACACGGGCGCUCUGUGACUCCGGCCGGCACCGAUGGUUGCAACCCGCCGCUGUCAGCCUCCGCCUCCGCUUCCGCUACUGCCUCCGCCAUCACUGGCGACCCGCAACUGUCCACCGCCGCACACACUGAUAUGCUUCUGCUCAAUCUUAUGCGAAUUAAUGGACUCACACCCAAACAUUCCAAGCACGGACCAAAACGUAACUGGGCCACGAGCACUCAAUCACCUGAGGCAGGGCGCAGCGUAAGCGGAGCGCGCGCGCAGCGGCGGAGCGCGCUCGUGCCCGCGGCGGCGCAGGCGGUGGGCGCGGCCACGGGCCUCGGCACGGGCGCGGCCACCGGCACAGGCGCGGGCACAGGUUCAGGCUCAAGCGCACGCCCGCGGCUUCGUCCGCCGCGGGCGCCGCCAUUAUCUCCGGGACAGCUGCGUCGAACGCACGCUAUUUUGCCUAAUGUACAGUGCAGUACAGUGCAGGACGACGCAGGAGGUGCGGGCGCGACCGGGGCGGACACGCCGGAGCGCGCGGGCGCGUCGCCGGACGCGCUGCACGACUGCUGGCCGUCCGUCUCCUCCAUCAGCGACGCGGACGACGUCGACGCGAUACUCAGCUACAACGACACGCUGUUCGACAUACUGUUGAACAGCCUGUCGCUGGAGAGCGGCGGCGCGGCGGAGUGCGACGAGGCGCCGCCCGUGCAGCCGUGGAGCCCCGCCGCGCCGCGCGACCCGCCCGUCGCGGACUGA